AUGACGUCUUCUGCAUUUGUAAGCAUCCGUGUGCCGCAUUAUCUCUCCUCCAAGAACCUGCCUCUUAGCAGCAGCAUUUUGAGCAGCAGCAGCAACAGCAUUUUCAGCAGCAGCAGCAUCUUCAACAGCAACAGCAGCAGCAGCAGCAGCAGGAGCAUUGGUUCUUUCCUAUCUCGCCGUGUAUCCACGAUGAGUGCCCCAAGCAGCAGCAGCAGCAGCAGCAGCAGCAGCAGCAGCGAGGGUCGGCCUCGCUUUACUGUUGGUUGCGACUGGAAGGAGCCUUCAAGAGAAGGAAAGAGAAUAACAGGUCUUCGUGUUAACAACUCCUUAACAGGCCGAAAAACAGAAUUCAUACCCCACGAAGGCAACCGUAUUAGAUGGUAUGCAUGCGGCCCCACAGUAUAUGAUGCUGCUCAUAUGGGCCAUGCACGGACUUAUAUAUCUUUUGAUAUUAUUAGGAGAAUAUUAUCGCAUUACUUCGGUUAUGAUGUUUCUCUCGUUAUGAACAUCACAGACAUAGACGAUAAAAUUAUACAUAAAAGCAUGCAACAGGGUGUGCCCUUUCAAGAGUUGGCGCGGCACUGGGAGAAGGAGUUCUUUGAAGACAUGAAAGCUCUGAAUGUAGAUGAGGGCUCUGUUUAUUUUGAUAUUCAAAAGUUUACAAGUACUAAUAAACAUGUCUAUGGGAGAAUGGAACCUGGAUCUGUCGCCGAUCAAGAUAGGGUGCUUGAGGGGGAAGGCAGCUUAGGCGUCGUCUCUAGCGAAAAGAAGCACCCCUGCGACUUCGCUCUUUGGAAGAAAGCAAAGCCGGAUGAACCCUCCUGGGACUCCAAGUGGGGACCCGGACGCCCAGGCUGGCAUAUAGAGUGCUCUGCGAUGGCUUCGUCUUUGCUGGGCUUCCCGCUGGACAUUCACAGCGGAGGCGUAGACCUUCGCUUUCCGCAUCAUGACAACGAGCUAGCUCAAACUGAAGCAGCUAAAGAUAAAACUCAGUGGGUGAACUACUUCCUGCACUCGGGGCAUCUGCAUAUCUACGGCGCGAAGAUGUCGAAGUCUCUGAAAAAUUUUAUAACUAUCAAAGAAUGCUUGCGGCAGUUUAAACCCAGACAUAUUCGUUUCCUCUGCCUUAUGAACAGAUGGGAUGCCCCGAUGAACUACAGCCCGGAUGGAGAGACACUGCAGCAAGCAGCAGAAGUCGAUUCUUUUUUUGCCAAUUUCUUCGCUCUUUGCCGAUCGAAGUUAAAAUUAAAUACUCCAAUUAGCGACUUCCCGCAGAAGUGGACAAAGACAGAUGCACAGCUGCAUCAAACCCUUUCAGACACCAAAGAAAAAAUUCGGGCUGCAUUUUUGGACAACUUUGACACCCCAGAGGCUCUGGUGUUUGGAAUUGUCUCUGCCAGCGGUCUUCAUUACGAUAACGAGGAGACAAGUGCAGCAGCAGCAGCAGAACCUAUUGUGCAGUCUCAGUUGCGUUUGAGCGGCAGCAGCAAACGACAAGACGACGCUGGUGCUGCUCAGCAGCAGCAGCAGCAGCAGCAGCAGCAACAGCAGCAGCAGCAGCAGGAGGCAUUUAAAGAGCUUUUGGGGCUUUGCGACGAACUACGCGAUGAUAAACUUCCAGAAGCAGGUGUUCUUCUUCAAGAUAGAGCAGACGGGGCUUUUACCUUCAGGAUUGCAGCCAAGGAGGAUAUAGUGAAGGAGUUGCAGAUAAAGAAAGAAGAAGAACGCAAGAAGGAGAUGCAGAAGCAAGAAGAAAAACAAAAACAACAACAGCAACAGUAA